AUGGCGCACGUCACCCAAGCGGGCGGCGAAGUUUUGGUGGAGAGGCGCGACCAGCCCAAGUCGCUCGUCGACGUCCUGGGAGGCUUUGAGGCAAGCCACUCCGUGUUCCCCCUGGCGGCCAGGAACGAAGUGGUGGCCCUAUCACCCGACGACUCUGUAGCCCAGGCCUUCGAGACGUUGGCACGGGAGAAGCUCCUCUCUGCACCCAUUGUAGAUUCCUCGGGCACGGCGCUGGGGGUGGUGAGCGUGCUGCACUUUGUUUCCUACUUUGUGCGGCAUUUCUCUGCGGAGGAGCUGCAGGGCGACGACUUCAACGCGCUCGUGGCGAAGAAGAACCACCUCCUCGGCAAGCGCAUCCGGGAGAUCCCCGAUCUGCAGUCAUGGGACAAGGCGCACACGAUCAAGGAGUACCAGACAGCUAUCGACGCUGUGCAGCUCAUGAUCGACGAUGAAGCGCGUCGAGUGUUGGUGGUGGACGACAACAGGAAGCUGGUCACCGUGAUCUCGCAGUCGCGCAUGCUGCACCUCGUGUCCGGCGUUCUCGACAGCCUGCCCGACCCGGCUCAUCGCACCCUGCAGGAGAGGAAUCUGCACCAGAAAGAGGUGGUGCGCAUCAGGCUAGACCAGCCAGCGGGCGAGGCGUUCGCCCUGAUGCGUGAAAGGAAAAUUAGUGGCGUGGCUGUGGUUGACGAAGAGGGCAAGCUGGUGGGCGUCAUCAGUGCCUCUGACUUGAAGCUCCUCGGGUUCGAUCUGGGCUAUCUGCACUUGCUUGGCAAGAGCGCGAGAGACUACCUGACUGCCUUGCGAGGUUCCAUCGCAGACUCGCAGAGGGAGGUUUGCACUUGUGACGCCAACUCGAGCAUCGACCAUGCGGUGAAGCAGCUGAUCGCGCGCCACGUCCACCGGCUGUUCGUCAUCGACGACCAGCGCAGGCUCCUGGGGGUCGUCUCCAUCCGCGACAUCCUCAAGACCCUCCUCAACCCGUUCGAGACCUAA